GGACCGCUGCAGCACGCCUCCUCUUCUUCUCCUACCAGCCAGGUUGCAUGCUGUGUAAUCUUCCUCCUCUGAACAAUGUCUGACAAACUCACCUACAAAGUUGCUGACAUCAGCCUGGCAGAAUGGGGCCGGAAGUCGAUUGAGAUUGCGGAGAAUGAGAUGCCCGGAUUAAUGAAGAUGAGGGAAAUGUACUCUGAGACCAAGCCUCUGAAAGGAGCAAGGAUUGCUGGGUGCCUCCACAUGACGCUCCAGACCGCAGUGCUUAUAGAGACUCUCACGGCACUCGGAGCUGAGGUGCAGUGGUCCAGCUGUAACAUCUUCUCCACACAGGAUCAUGCAGCGGCAGCUAUUGCAAAAACUGGCGUCCCAGUGUACGCUUGGAAAGGGGAAACAGACGAGGAGUACAUCUGGUGUAUUGAGCAGACCAUUUUCUUUGCUGAUGGGAAGCCUCUCAACAUGAUUCUUGAUGAUGGGGGUGACCUUACAAACCUCGUCCAUACUAAAUAUCCUGAAUUGCUGGCAGGCAUUAAAGGUGUCUCCGAAGAGACCACCACUGGCGUUCACAACCUGUACAAGAUGAAGAGCAACGGUACCCUCAAGGUGCCAGCUAUCAAUGUGAACGACUCUGUAACAAAGAGUAAGUUUGAUAACCUCUACGGUUGCCGUGAGUCUCUGAUCGAUGGUAUUAAGAGAGCCACUGACGUUAUGAUCGCAGGAAAGGUGGCAGUCGUGGCUGGGUACGGGGAUGUCGGGAAGGGCUGUGCUCAGGCCUUGAGAGCCUUUGGUGCCCGUGUCAUAAUCACAGAGAUCGACCCAAUCAAUGCAUUGCAGGCUGCUAUGGAAGGUUAUGAGGUCACCACCAUGGAUGAAGCUUGCAAAGAAGGCAAUAUUUUUGUUACCACAACCGGAUGCUCCGAUAUUGUAGAAGGAAGGCAUUUUGAACAAAUGAAAGAUGAUUCCAUUGUGUGCAAUAUCGGGCACUUCGAUGUCGAGCUUGAUGUAAAGUGGUUGAAUGAUCACGCAACGAAGAAAGUGAACAUUAAGCCACAGGUGGAUCGUUACCUUUUGAAGAAUGGAAGACACAUCAUCCUACUGGCAGAAGGGCGUCUGGUUAACUUGGGGUGUGCUAUGGGUCACCCCAGCUUCGUAAUGAGUAACUCAUUCACCAACCAGGUCAUGGCUCAGAUUGAACUCUGGACCAACAAUGAUAAAUAUCCUAUUGGUGUCUAUUUCCUGCCUAAGAAGCUUGAUGAGGCUGUGGCUGCUGCCCACCUGGACAAACUUGGUGUGAAGCUCACCAAACUUUCUGACAAGCAGGCCAAAUACCUUGGUCUUGAUAAAGAAGGUCCAUUCAAGCCUGAGCAUUACAGAUACUAAAUCUUCUAAACUGAACCAAAGAUCAAGGAGAAAACUGUUUUCUACGCAUCAAUACCUCCCAUAUAUGGUUUUAUUUGGACAUGUGGUUGUUGAGGACCCUCUACUGAUGAACCUGCUCUCUUCCUGUUUAACUGUGCUGGGUUUUUGGUUCCCUCAAGGAUAAAACUAAAAUUUGGUAUUUUUGUUUUGUGUUCAUUUGAAUUUUUCCAAAGGUCAGCUCUAGAAAGUUUGAUUCUUCAAUGAAACAUCCUUCUAUAAAAAUGAAAGACGUUUUGUGUAA